UUACCUUCCUUUUUUGUAUCCAUACUAUUAGUAAUACUAUUUCCCAGUUAUAUACAAAUCGAAAAAUGCAAGAUCACUCCUCCUUUGUCAAGCAAAAUUUAAAAUCUGGCCGGUUGCGACGGAGAGUUAUGUAAAUAUCCAGUAUCAUAUAAUAUCGCGAUUUUCCUUCAUUCCAAACCUUCACUGACAUAUCGAAAACUUUAGGAAUAACAACCAGACACAUCAAACAUUUAAAAAGAACAUCCUUCACAUAUCAGAGGAACCAGCGAAUCAAACCAAAAGGAUUAACGUGGCGUAUGAGAUCUCUGGCCAUAAAAAAAUAAAAUUAUUAAAAAAGUAUUGUUGGAAAUGAAUACUACGCGAGAAGAUGUAUACAAUCUUUUAUUUUCGCCAAAUACGCAGGACUACGACGAAGAAAUGUAUAUAAAUUUAUUACAAUUUGCUUCAUCCGGGAAAAUAGUUGUAGUACUAACUCAAUCAGCAUCAGCCCCUAAAUUGCUGCCAUUGGUGAACAAAUUGGGAAUACAUAUGUUUGGGAAUAAACAAAGCUUACAGCGAUUAAUUUUUAUGAAUUGUGAUAAUGUCGCUACGGCAAUACAAAAAUUGCUAGACCUGCACAAAUGGAGAAUAAGACCUAAUAUAAUAGUAUUGGAUCUAUACGCAUUCGCUUACUUAAAAGAUCAUCCUACCCGUUUUCCUCAUGGUGUAUCUCAGGCUCCACUUUUAAAAGGAUAUGUGCAAUGCAUUGCGGUAUUAUUGAAUAUGAUGAAUAUAUUGAAAAAUGAAGACGCCCCCAAUCAGCACACUUCCAUAAGCAAACCAAUAUUUAGCAUUGUGGUAUUACAAAAAAUCGUUGGACUAUUGACGGAGCAGCAGGUGGAGGUUGUGGUCGAUUUAUAUUAUGACAGCAAAAUUUAUCGAGAAUUCAAAACGAUUUCUGAUUUUAUAAAUUUAUUGUCCUCGGAAAAUUCUACUAAAUAAUUCUUAGGCAUUAAUUUUAUAGAAAUAUGUGCCUAUUGUGAUUGGAAAGUAUGUAGACUUUAAUCGGGACUUAGAAAAGAGUUAACAUUCUAAAUAACUUUCAAAAAAUCCUUAACUGAAUGAAUAAACAACUAAAAAUCAGAUAAAUGUUAA